CAUUGAAUCAAAACAACUCGAGGUCGGCCAUAUCUGUUGUGCAAAAGCGCAGGUUGUUACAGGUGUUUUGUUAUUAAUCCAAGGUGUAAGUCAAGGCAGCUAGUUGACAGUCCUCGUGGACUAGUCUUUAAGGGUCAAUUUUUGCUUUGGGCGGAUUUUGCGUGGAAAGUACGUUCGCUGAGCUUUGUUUACAGAGUUGAUAUUCCAGUAACAAGCAGUCAUGGAGCAGCCAAUGGAAAAUGGCGAAGUGGAAAAUGGCAACGUGCUCUUUAGCAAAGACUCAAUGGAAAAUGAUGUACCAAAGGAGGACAGAGUGAUUCGCAAAGCAAAACGGCUUACGAAGCUUAGCCCAAGAAAAGACGACCCACCCGUGGUAAAUGGCAAUUUGCCACCAGUUUCCGUGAAAAACAUGCGCAAGUCCCGCAUGGGUCUGGGACGAGGACUUCCUAAGAAAGGUGGUGCUGGGGGUAAGGGGACCUGGGGGGCUCCAGGCUCUGAACUGUACGAAACCUCUGAAACACAGGACGCACACGAUCCUAACUAUGACUCUGAAAAAGAGGAGGAUAUUGUGGUGGAGACAGUCAAACCCCCCAUUCAAGAGAAUGAUCUGGUGCAAGUUGUGGAGCCCAUCCUGAAGGAGUAUCUGGAGUGUGGAGACACUGAGGAUGUCCUGAGCUCUCUUCAGGAGAUGAACCUAGGUGAAAAUGCUCACAAACUUCCAGAGAUGGCAGUGAGCUUGGCCUUGGAUAGAAAAGCUCACCAUAGGGAGCUCACUUCCAUUUUGAUCUCGGAUCUCUAUGGCAACAUCCUCAGCCAGGAUGAUGUGGCUAAGGGCUUUGACCAGCUCCUGGCUGGCCUCACAGAUCUUAGCCUGGACGCACCUGAUGCUCCAAAUGUCAUUGGACAGUUCAUAGCUAGAGCUGUAGCUGAUGACUGCCUCCCACCCAAGUAUGUGGCUAGCUAUAAGGGAAAAGUAGAUUGUCCACAUGCACGGACUGCCUUGGACAAAGCUGAUGUGUUGCUCAGCAUGAAGCAUGGCAUUGUGCGCCUGGACAAUGUGUGGGGCAUGGGGGGAGGCAACAGGCCAGUCAAGUACCUGAUUAAGAAGAUGGUGCUGUUACUGAAAGAGUAUUUAUCCUCAGGGGACAUAGCCGAGGCAACCCGCUGUCUCAAGGAAUUGGAAGUUCCACAUUUCAACCAUGAGCUAGUAUAUGAGGCAACUGUGAUGGUGAUUGAGGACAGCAGUGAACGUGCUGCAGACAUGAUGGUGAAACUUCUCAAAUCUCUUUAUGAAACCAAUAUCAUAUCUAUUGACCAAAUGAAAAUGGGUUUUAAGCGCAUAUUUGAGAACAUUGCAGACAUCAGUAUUGAUGUACCAUCAGCAUACAAUUUAUUGGACCGCUUUGGAACCAAAUUGCAUGCUGCAGGAGCACUGCCAACUUCCACAUACAAUGAGAUGCCAAACAGAGGACGCAAGAGGUUCGUAUCGGAGGGUGAUGGUGGCCGCAUCAAAGAGGACCCACCUCUUCAUUAAAUACCAGGCAGCAAUGGGAACUAAGUCAAGCUGACAGAUUUCCCUGUACAUAACAUGUCAACAUUCACUGCCAGCCUUUGCACAUGUGACAGGGGGGGUGGGGGCUAGGUGGGCAGGCUUGGGGAGAAAAGUUUUAAAGACGUGCUUAAUGGUGAAAGAAAUAACUGGGACAAGGCCCUUGCAGACCAAAAUCAGGUGACUUAAUUUUCCAAGUACAUUAUACAGCAGAUGGAGAACUUGGAUGCAGAUCAUUAUAUGUAAUUUGAACCACGAAAUUGAAUUUAUCAUUACAUGCAUUUUGAUCAGGUUCGGUGUUAAGAAGUUUGCAUUUUAGGGAACAUUUGUCACCCUUGCUGUAAUGUCUAUUAUGUUAACAUGGCCGUUUACCCUAUUGCUUAUAAAUGGAAGUUGGUCUUUUUUUUUAAGUGGCAAAGCGAAAAUAUAACAUUAAGCUUUCUUGAAACUAUUGCAUUGUAGAAAUUAAAAUAAUAGAUAAUAUAAGAGGCACCUGAUAUACAUUGCAACUGCUCCUAAUUCUGAUAUAACCAUAAGGUGGUUGAAACUGGAAACCUUUUUGUUAUGUAUGGCAUAAGUACCAUUUUAACAUUCCACUGUUUUUUUUUUUUUUUUAAUUUCGUUUCACAAUUGAAGUUAACGUGGUUGUGAUAGGUGUACCACAACCUGCUGUCACAGGUGCAAUUGGUGGUGUUUAUGUCCAUGUUUACAUCAUGUAAAUAUUAUAAUAAAUUACAGCAAGUGUGAUGUAUAUGAAAAGUGAUAUUGUGGUUCUACAUGAUCUGUCUGAAUCAAGUGAGACGUUUUCUUUAGCUACAACAAGGUGGCAAUAAAAAUGAGCUGCUUUUUUUUUUUU